UCUUAAGCCAUUCUUUUCAUUUAAUUAUUAUAGUUAUUUAAUCUGUGAUUGUCAUCACCAAAUGUUUACAGUCGCUCUCUUUUGGUUUUUGUUUCAGAAAAUUAUUAUUUUAGAUGUAAUUGCUUUUUUUAAUAAUCUAAUAUGUUGGGCCUGGUCCUAUGGUGGGUGUGUCAUGGGAUAUUAAGGUCAUAUUUAUUUGAUUGCUCUACAAUACCUUUAUAAUAUAAUAUAAUACCUCCACAAGCCUUUUAACAUGUUCCAGGGGCUUGCCAAAUAACCCAAGGACAGUUCCAUCCAUGUACUGGGACCAGACCCACAGUCAGUUUGACUUUUGUUACAGUACUUGUUAUUUAUAAGAGAAGAAAAUCAACCCAAAUUCAACCCUAGUGCACAUAUUAUUGUUCUGCAGUGAACCAACUCUUCCUUCUUCAUUAUGUUGUGCAGUAAAUCAGUAAAUGCACAUGUCUCUAAAUUCUAUUCACAAUCACAUAACUGAAAGAUUUAAGUCAUUUUCUUUCUUUUUUUUUUUUUAUUCACUUACAUUUGUUUUUGACCAAAAACUUGUUUGGGUUGGUUUUCUUUCACUUACUUUUAACCUUUCACAGUUGUAUAAUGUCUGUUAAUGCUUAUUACACUUAUUUCACAGGUAUCAUGCAAAAUUGUUCUGUUUUGACAUAACCAUUUUUCCCCCUUCAUUCCCACUACUACGUUGACAGCGUUUCUUUUGAAGAUGAGAAAAAGUGGAACUCAUCAGCAAGAAUCGGUCUUAGACAGCAAGGGCAUGCACUGCGCACAAUGCAGUUGCUCUUAGACACACAGUAUCAGGGAUCUUAGAUAGACAGUCAAACAGUCUUGCGCACGUGGAGAUUUUUUUUCUUGUUUUAUGCUUUUUCUACACCAUUUUCUUUUUAUAUUCGGAUCAAAUCGAAUCCCAAAACCGAAUUUGUGUGUAUACAGACACACCAUUGGGGUGAAGUGGAGCGCAUUUUCACAGAAGAGACCCCCUCUCUGUAUUUAUUUGUUAAUAAACUGGCAGAACAAAAGGUUCAGAUCCAAGUAUCACCCAGAUGAGGCCAGCCGACUUAAAGCAGAGGCCCAGAGUGCCCUGCACAACCGUCUGAAUGUCUUCGUGUUCCUGAUGGAGAACAGCUGGUUUGAUAAUGUCUCCCUGGACAUUGAACAGACCCCAGCCAUCAUCAAGGUUCUGGAUGCAGCUGUGAUAAAGAUGGAGGGAGGAACAGAUCACGAUCUUCGCAUCUUGGACCUUCCAUCUGAAGAGGAGGAGGAAAGGGAGAAGUUGGCAUCUGUUUCAGGGGGUGCUGAACCUCCCAAGAGAGAAGACCUCAAAGCCUUGGAUGGUGACCGCAAACCUUUAAUAGAGAAGGACAAAAAUGAGAAGGAGGAGGGCGACUCUGCCAGCACAGAAAAAAAUGCUGCAGCUGAAGGAGAGGAUAUGAAAGAGGAGGCAGAGAAAGAAGCUGCCAAAGAAGAAAUGCCUGAACCCAAGAAACCAAGACGAAAGAGGAAGCGCAGUGGAGACAGCGACGAUGAAGGCAGUGCCUCAGAGAGUGACUCUGACUCUGAUUCAGACUCAAAUUCCAACUGCUCUGAUAAACCUGUGAAAAAGGAAGAGGUGGAAGACAAGGAUGAGGAGGAAGAGGAGGGUGAAGAGGAGAAACCAAAGGAGGAUGCUGAAGAGGACAAGAAAGAAGAAAAGAAGCCAAAAGACGACUCUCCCAGACCGCGGCCUCUGCACAGGACCUGCUCUCUGUUCAUGAGAAGCAUCGCUCCCACCAUUUCCAAGGCUGAGAUUAUUGCUCUGUGCCGGCGAUACCCUGGCUUUCUGCGUGUUUGCUUGUCUGACCCCCAUCCAGAGCGCAGGUUUUUCAGACGUUGCUGGGUGACGUUUGACCGCAGCGUCAACAUCAAAGAAGUUUGCUGGAACCUUCAGAAUAUUCGACUGCGAGACUGUGAACUGGCACCGGGGGUGAACAGGGACCUGGCCCGGAGGGUGCGUAAUGUUAAUGGCAUCACUCAGCACAAGCAGGUUCUCCGCAAUGACAUCAAGCUGGCUGCCAAGCUCAUUCAUGCCUUGGAUGAGAAAGGAGACCUGUGGAGCAUCAAGUUCCAAGAAGAGGGGCGGAGCACAGAGGUACAGCGCUUGUCAAGUUCAUGCAUUUACGUGUGUUUGCCAGCUCAGAACCCCAUCUUGAAGAAUAUCACAGAUUACCUGAUAGAGGAGGUGAGUGCUGAGGAGGAGGAGCUCCUAGGCUCCGGGAGUGGGAUGGAUCCUGAGGAGAGCGCCAAGGAGGGAAACCCUACAGAGACGACUGUGGAGAGGGAUGACAAACUGGCGAAGGUUUUGGAUCGUCUGGUCUUGUAUCUUCGUAUUGUCCAUUCAAUUGACUACUACAACACCUGUGAAUACCCCAGUGAGGAUGAAAUGCCCAAUCGCUGUGGCAUGAUCCAUGUACGUGGACCCAUCCCUCCUAACCGCAUCACACAUGGAGAAGUGCAACAAUGGCAGAAGAUGAUGGAAGAGAAACUGAGUCCUUUGUUUAGUUUAAAAGAAAUCCUUUCUGAGGAAGAGGCAGCAAAGAUGGGCCGCAAAGAUCCUGAGGAUGAGGUGGAGAAGUUUGUGUCUGCUAACACUCAAGAGCUGGGAAAGGACAAGUGGCUCUGCCCACUAAGUGGCAAGAAAUUCAAGGGCCCAGAGUUUGUACGGAAGCACAUCCUGAACAAACACGGCGACAAAAUUGAAGAGGUGAAAAAGGAAGUGACGUUCUUUAACAAUUUCCUGAUGGACGCCAAGAGACCAUCUCUCCCAGAGAUGAAGCUUCCUCCUCUUCCAGGACAAGGUCAAGGUUUGCUUUCUCCCAGCAUGCCGUUUCCUCCCCAAGGUCCUCAGGGUCCAAUGGUCUUUGGACAGCCUCGUCCACCACUGAUGGGCUAUGGUGGCGGACCUCCUUACCCCCCCAACCAAUAUGGAGGAGGCAGAGGAAACUAUGACAACUUCCGCGGACAAGGUGGCUACUUGGGGAAGCCACGCAACAUCAGAAUGUCACGAGGUGACCCACGCAACAUCAUUGAAUAUCGCGACCUGGAUGCACCAGAUGAUAUGGACUUCUUUUAGAAAGUCACUCUGCCCUUUCAGUCUCCACCCUGUACCACUGUUGUUUUUCUGCUUGCUUUCUGUAGUAAUUAGGUUAUUUCUUUUCCUAAAUAUUUUUUUGGUAAUUAUUGUGCAACCAGAACAAACAUUUGUUGUAAACUGCUUCCUCAAUAAAGAUGUGAUCUAACUUUA